AAUUCUUCUUUUUCGUUUAGAGUGACAGCGACGUCUGUCAAACUUAACUUGUCAGUGUCAAAGUUUUUGCUUUGCUGUCAUCAAAUUUGUGUAAGUUAGAAUUUGUUGAAUAAAAGGCGAAAAUGUCUGGUUUCGGGGAUAAUUUCAACGCGACCGAUGAAGAUCCUGCCGCGGAAUUCCUGGCGCGCGAGCAGGACGAACUGGCGGGGCUCGAGGACGAAGUCAAACCGGCGGCCAUCAGUACCCCAGUUUUGAACGGCGAUGAUCCAACAAAUUCGGCAAGCAGUUUCGAAAUGGUAGAAAAUUGUGAUCAGGACGGUCUCGGAGAACAGAAAUAUGAUUUCCAGGCCGAUGCAAAUUCCCAGGACUAUCGAGGAGCAUCGCCUACUCCGAUGAGGCAAGACGACCGUCCUGAGCCCGAGAAGAUUCGAAUAUGGCGCGAGGAACAAAUCAAACGAUUAGAAGAAAAAGAUAAAGAAGAAGAGAAAAAGAAGCUCGAAUGGCGCGAAAUCGCCCGUAAGGAACUCGAAGAUUGGUACAAAAGCCACGAGGAGACCAUCGCCAAGACCAAAGCAGCUAAUAGAGACGCAGCCAGGAACGCCGAGAAGCAAUUCGUGGCGGAAGACGACGAACUGGAGCCGGGCACCGAAUGGGAGCGAAUCGCCAAAUUGUGCGAUUUCAAUUCCAAAGCGAAGCAGGGCAGCAAAGACGUGACGCGAUUGCGUUCGAUCAUCCUGCAAAUGAAACAGAACCCCAUUCCGAUCAAGAACAAGGCAUAAGUUCGCGUAAAGGUAAAAAGAGCAUAUUUCUUGUAAUUGUAAUGUACGUGGAAAUGAAUAUUUGCUAUUUAGAUCGUUUGUUAGUUUCUAAUUUAACUAAGGUGUACUAAGAGAAUAAAGAUGUAUUAAUUAGCGUUA